CUUCGCCCUCUUUGGACACUUUAAAGCGUUGGAAUGAAUCUGAGGACCAUCAUCACAGUGGAACCCGUGAUGUUUCUGUACCUGAUGGCGACCUUUCUCAACACAUUCGCUAUGCAACAGUUAGUGUUGGUUAAGAUUUGUGAAGAACGAUAUAACAAAGAGGAUGUGUGCAGCAACCUCUCAUACCAUCCACAGGAGUCACUGGUGAUCCAAAGCAUAGCUUCCUAUGUUCAGCUACUCUACGUGAUCACCCUUACCUGCUUGUCCAUACCCACAUCAAUCUUGCUUGGCGCUUGGUCUGAUCAAGCGGGUCGGAAGCUUGGCAUGAUAUUGCCCUGCGUCGGUGCAUUAAUUGGCGGGGCUAUUUUAAUAGUGAUGGUGCAGGUUAAAGAAAUGUCUGUCUACUGGUGCAUUUUUUCUGCGUUUUUUAUUGGAAUCUUUGGGAAUUAUGCUGCUGUUUCUCUCAGUGUCUUCAGUUAUAUGGCUGAUGUUACUACUGCUGAGAAUCGAACUAAGCGUAUUGCCAUCGUGCAGGCAAUGAUUUAUAUUGGGGGAACUGUUGGAUUUCUAUUGAGUGGAUGGCUGCUUCAGAAUUUUACCUUUACCCAUGUUUUUGGUGUUUAUUGCGGUUGCCAAUUACUGUCUAUUUGCUACAUACUGCUGUGGCUGCAGGAAUCCAAACAUCCUGCUGAAUGCACCCAUUUGUCUGAAGAAACACCUCUGGCAGGCACAGAUGGCAUCCGAAAAAGAGCCUUGUUAUUAUACGCCUCAAGAACAUGGCAAACCUUCUCGAAGGCACGAGAGGGGAAAGAUCGAUUGAAGCUGUAUCUCAUUUUCCUUUGCAUCUUCUUGAUAUAUGUUUGCAGUGCUGGUGAGCAGUCUAUUCUGAUUUUAUUUCUGAGCUACCCACCACAACAUUUUUCACCUGAACUGUUUGGCGUGUAUAAUGGAAUUAAGAUGUUUCUUUGUGGAGCUGUUUUGAUUGGACUCUUUCCAAUGAUGUUACGAUGCAUUGAAGAAAUGACUCUGGCCAAACUGGGGGUUUUGGUGAAAGUGAUGUCUUUCAGUCUGCUGGCCUUUUCCACCAACACCUGGAUGGCAUUCCUGAGUGCCAUAAUGAAUAGUCUCUCUGGAUUCUCCGGACCAGUACUUCAUUCUGUGGCAUCACGUAUUGUGGAACAAAAUGAACAAGGUGCGAUGUUUUCUUGUUUGGCUUCUCUCGAAACAAUCUGUGUUAUAAUUGGAGCAACUGCAUUUGAUACACUUUAUCCUCAAACACUCUCAACUUUGCCUGGAUUUAGCUUCAUUGUGAUGGCAGGCUUCCAAGUGAUCCUAUUGAUCCUUGUACAGUGGAUUAGUGAAAUACCAAUGUCAAAUCAUAUUUUGACAGAAUCUGAGAAUGGUCAUACUAUAACACAAUGAAGAAUGCCUGUGGAAUGCCUGCCUCUUUGGAGGUUGCGAUGCAUACAGUGGUCCAGUGGUCAUCGUAAAAUGCAACCCUACACCACAGGAGGGGACCUCCAGCCCUUUGUGUCUGUGCCAGCAGCUUUGAUCUACUGUAAAUGCCAAGAGCUGGCAACUACACAACCCUUUUGGAGAUUGUUGUGACUUAUUUUUGCUGCUGAAUUACAAUUUAGGAAUACCUUUAUCUGCAUCCAGGCCAUUGUGUAUUCCUGUCAAAUUCUAAUUUAGGAUCUGAAGUAAUUGUAUUUAAUCAUGAUUUUUUAAGUUCUAUAAGGAGGUAAUUGUGGCAAUAUGAUAGCGUAGUUAAAUCCUAAAUUGUUUUCAAAUAUUUACUAAUUAAUUGAUGCUAAUCUUUGAUGUAGAAGUGACUUGGAUGAGAGAGGGAUAGGGAUAUGUAUAAUUCGGAAAGAUAAAUGAUCUUGAAUCCCUGCUCCCAUCUAUAAAAGCUGCCAUACCAAAGUAAGUCAAUUGCAUGAGCCAGUAAGCUAAUUGUA